AUGAUGGUGGAUGGCCCGUCGGCCAAGCAUGCGCAGAGGACGUCGGGGUUCAGGAGGGUAAGGGAUCAGAGAGAUUUGAGGCCGAAUGUGAACCCACAGCCUGCGGGAAGGAGGAUUGACUCGGAUGGUAACUUCCUGUCGCCACUCAGACAGCUUACGACAAACCUCGUGGAUACCUACCACAUAUGCAACCCUCAAUUUCGCUAUGAGUCUACGCAUAAUCCACGGCGAGUGCUGACCAAGCCGAGCAAGCCGGUACAUAACGAUGGGUACGAUAACGAGGACUACGACUAUAUCCUCUAUGUGAACGACUGGCUGGGCACUGAGGAAGGGCACAAGUAUUUGAUUCUGGACGUCCUUGGCCAGGGAACGUUCGGACAGGUGGUAAAGUGCCAGAAUAUGAAGACCCAUGAAGUUGUGGCGGUCAAGGUGGUGAAGAAUAAGCCCGCGUAUUUCAAUCAGAGCAUGAUGGAAGUCACCAUCUUAGAGCUCCUGAACAACCAAUGCGAUCCGAACGACGAACAUCACAUCCUGCGGUUGCAUGAUUCCUUUAUCCACCGGAAUCACUUGUGCCUUGUUUUCGAGUUGCUCUCGUCGAAUUUGUACGAGCUCAUCAAGCAAAACCAGUUCCAGGGUCUGAGCACCCAGCUGGUCAAAGUGUUUGCCGCGCAGUUACUUGAUGCUCUGACUGUGCUCAAGGAAGCGCGGUUAAUACACUGCGACUUGAAGCCUGAAAAUAUUCUGCUGAAAUCACUUUCGUCGCCACAGAUUAAAGUGAUUGACUUUGGGUCGGCGUGCCAUGAACGCCAGACUGUGUAUACUUACAUUCAGUCUCGGUUUUACCGGUCGCCGGAGGUUCUGCUGGGGAACCCUUACACGGCCGCCAUCGAUAUGUGGUCGUUAGGUUGCAUCGUAGUGGAGCUGUUCCUGGGAUUACCUCUAUUCCCGGGCACGAGCGAAUAUAACCAGAUUACCCGUAUAGUGGACAUGCUCGGGAUGCCUCCCCAGUACAUGUUGGAAUUGGGAAAACAGACGAAUCAGUUCUUCGACAGCUAUGCCGAUAUGUACGGGAACAAGAAGUACAGGCUAAAGAGCAUCGAGCAGUACUCGCGUGAGCAUAACACGCAGGAGCAGCCGGGGAAGCAGUACUUCAAGCAUAACACUCUGCCGGAUAUCAUCAACAAUGCACCUAUCCAUCCGUACAAAUCCUCGUCAUCUAGAGCUAGCAGCCAUGAGGUGGAUAAAGAGAUGGCAAAUAGGGCAUCGUUCAUCGACUUCUGCAUGGGCCUGUUGAACUUGAAUCCACUAGAACGUUGGACCCCGCAACAAGCACGGGGGCAUCCAUUUAUCACUGGGGAGAAAUGGACCGGGCCAUGGAAGGUACGUCCAAUCUGA